AUGGUGACCACAAGAAAUACUAGUGCCGAGGAUCAGACGGAGGUGAUGAGGUUGAUGGAGCAAAGGAUGAUGGAAAUGCAGCGAAAGCAUGAGGAGGAGAUGGCAGCAGUACGGGCAGAGUGCUUGGCUCAGAUCACCAAGAGCAAGAGUGGAGUAGCCGGAGGUGAGCAGGGCGAAGGUGCUGGCGAAAAGCAAAUACCGCUGGAGGGAGAAAAUAGUAGUGCUCGGGCGGAAGGAAGAGAAGAGAAGGUGAAUAAGGAAGACAGCCGGCUACUGGUUAAAGUGGAGGAGUCGACCGUCCUAGUGUCCUUUGUACGGGAGAUCAUGGAGGUACAUAUAUCAGAGCAAUUCAUGCCCCCUCAAUUCAAAAUGUAUGAUGGGACAUCCGAUCCGAUCGCCCACGUCAAAUCAUUCAUCAACGCCAUGACCUUUCGUACCGGUUGUGACGCCAUUUGGUGUCGGGCAUUCUCCUUAUCUCUGGAAGGAGAGGCCCUGGAAUGGUUUAACUCAUUGCCGGUUAACUCUAUCGAGAACUUCAAGAGCUUGGGCGAAAUGUUCAAAAAACAGUUUGCUGCGUGCAAUAUGGAAGAUGUGACAGUGGUAGAUUUGAUGAACCUUAAGCAGGGUAAGGAGGAACCAUUGAAAACCUUUAUGGAUAGGUACCAGAAAACGGUACGGAGAGUUAAGGGGCUCGGCCUAGAACUCGCUCUCCAAUACGUUAUGCCGGCCCUCAGGCCAGGACCGUUCAAGGAUAGUAUCUGUCGGAACCCGCCUCGGACAAUGGAGGAACUUAGGCAACGGGCGACCGAUGAAACAAGGGUAGAGAACAUGAAGCAACAAUACCAGAAAGAGGUACAGGAAGCUAGGGCGGAUAAAACCGACGGGAAGAGGACCAAGGGACAGGCGAACCGACAGAACGGGCAGAAAGGCAGAGAAGGACCGAGAGGCCCACGUUUCCAACAAUACACCACUCUCAAUACCCCUAGGGUCCGGAUACUACAAGAAGCAUUGAACACGCAGAUCAUGCAAACCCCAUUAAGGCGACCCACCCCCCCGGGGGCAGAUCUAACCAAACACUGCUUAUAUCACAAAAACUCGAGCCACGACACGGAGGAAUGUGUGACGCUUAGGGACAAGAUCGAAGAGUUAGUCCGAGUGGGGCGCUUGCAGCAGUACGUGAAGGCGAACGUAACUGACCAGUACCCCGACCGGUUACCAAGUCCCAGGCUGAGGAGCCCUCCAAGACGAAGCUACAGACCGAGAAGCCCCCGAAGGCAGGAGCGAGAUGCCAACGUUCGGAACCAUAGACCUUCACAAGACAACAAGCGUGAAAGAAGGAGCAGGAGUCACAGCAGGGAAGGAGACAGGCGACGUCCGUUGCGAGGAGUAAUAAAUACAAUAUCCGGGGGAUUCGCGGGAGGAGGUUCUACCUCCUCAGCAAGGAAAAGGAGUAUCCGGGCACUACGGUCCAUACAUGUCGUUGACGUCCCAAAGAGAACCAUGCCCCCCAUCACAUUCACUGAUGAAGAUUUUCAUGCGCCCGACCCGGAUCAAGACGAUCCGAUGGUGAUAACUGUAGAAAUCGCACAAUACGGGGUCAGUAAAGUGCUAGUCGACUAG